GACGUCAGUAGUGAGCGCCGGCUUACGUAAGCGCCGGACCUUCUGGACCUGGGGCAGUUGUUCCGAGUGAUUUCAUCCAAGCCAUGAGCAAACGGAACCAAGUGUCCUACGUGCGGCCCGCGGAGCCGGCCUUCCUGUCCCGCUUCAAGGAAAGAGUCGGCUACAAGGAGGGGCCCACCGUAGAGACCAAGAGAAUACAGCCUCAGCUCCCAGAUGAAGAUGGUGAUCACAGUGACAAAGAAGAUGAGCAGCCUCAAGUGGUAGUUUUAAAAAAGGGAGACCUGACAGCUGAAGAAGUCAUGAAAAUUAAAGCAGAAAUAAAGGCUGCCAAAGAAGAUGAAGAACCACCUCCAGCUGAUGGAAGAAUCAUGUAUCGAAAACCAGUUAAGCGUUCCUCAGAUGAAAAGUAUUCAGGUUUAACAGCAAGCUCAAAACCUUGA